AUAGAUGGAGCGCUCGCCCGGUCGCACUCGCAGCUUUUCCUCUCUCCAGCCCGUGGGCAUUGUUGUAAAGACAGAAGGACAAUACAAGAAUAGAGUGGCGGAUAAUAGAGCCUCAAAAGGGGCAUCAGGGAACCAGUCCUCUAUUGGACCCGAGCGGCUCUGUCCUCGUGCAUGAGCCACUAUAUGAGAGGCGUGUGGCGGCUGAAGUGGUAGUUUUCACAGCGACAGACACACAGACAGACAAACCGGGAUGAUUCUCAGACCGAGCUCAACUUUUGCGGCGCUGUCCGCUCACGUGCUGCUGAGGUGCUUGUGGAUGCGGGUAUGUGAGGCUUCGGGGCAUUUCGAGAUGCAGGUUUUGUCCAUGCAGAAUGUGAACGGGGAGCUGCAGAACGGCGCGUGCUGUGACGGUGCGCGUGACCCGGCGGAGCGCUCCUGCGCGGCGGACCAGUGUGAUACGUUUUUCCGCGUAUGUUUGAAGGAGUAUCAGUCGCGGGUGUCUUCGGGAGGCCCUUGCAGCUACGGAAGCGGAUCUACUCCUGUAAUUGGUGGGAAUACUUUUUCUGUCAAGCCCCUUGACCAAACAAAUGACAAAACCCGGAUCGUGCUGCCCUUCAGCUUCGCGUGGCCGCGGUCGUAUACGCUGAUUGUGGAGGCGUUGGACUUCAAUAAUGACUCAAGCACUGGCAGCAUAAAUGGACAAGUGAUCGAGAAAGCGGUGCAGUCGGGCAUGAUCAACCCAAACCGUCAAUGGCAGGUCCUGAAGCACAACGGCCCCGUGGCUCAGUUCCAGUACCAAAUUCGGGUGACCUGCGACGAGCACUACUUUGGCUUUGGCUGUAAUAAGUUCUGUCGGCCCAGAGACGACUUUUUCGGCCACUAUACCUGCGAUCACAACGGAAACAAGACCUGUUUGGAAGGAUGGGCCGGCCCAGAAUGCAACACUGCUAUCUGUAAGCAGGGCUGCAGCAUCGAGCACGGCUCCUGUAAAGUGCCUGGAAACUGCAGGUGUCUGUACGGGUGGCAGGGUGAAUACUGUGAUCAGUGUAUUCCUCAUCCCGGAUGUGUCCAUGGAACAUGCAUCGAACCCUGGCAGUGCCUGUGUGACACCAACUGGGGAGGACAGCUCUGUGACAAAGACUUAAACACCUGUGGCACACUUCAGCCGUGUCUCAAUGGUGGCACCUGCAGUAACACGGGACCAGACAAAUACCACUGCGCCUGUCCUGAGGGCUACUCCGGACAGAACUGCGAGAGAGCUGAUAACGCCUGUCUAUCGGAGCCCUGUCUGAACGGAGGCCUCUGUGUGGAGUCCAGUCUGGGCUUUGAGUGUCAGUGUGCGGCCGGCUGGACGGGACCCUCCUGCAACAUCAAUGAAGACGACUGCAGUCCAAACCCGUGUAAUCACAGCGGUGUGUGUGUGGACCUGGUGGACGGGUUCAAAUGCAUCUGCCCCGUGCAGUGGACUGGAAAGACCUGUCUCAUCGAUGCUAAUGAGUGUGAGGAAAGCCCGUGCGUCAAUGCCCACUCCUGCCGCAAUCUGAUUGGUGGAUACUUCUGCGAGUGCCUGCCUGGCUGGACGGGACAGAAUUGCGACAUCAAUGUCAACGACUGCCACGGCCAGUGUCUGAACGGAGGUUUGUGUAAGGAUCUGGUGAAUGGAUAUCGGUGUGUGUGCGCAGCAGGGUUUGCAGGCGAUCGCUGCGAGCGGGACGUGGAUGAGUGCGCCAGUCGCCCCUGUCUGAAUGGCGGACGCUGCCAGGACACACUCAAUGGAUUCCAGUGUUUGUGCCCGCCUGGUUUCUCCGGUGCCACCUGCCAGCUGGAUUUGGACUACUGUGAGAGCGGGCCGUGUCAGAACGGGGCUCAGUGCUUCAGUCUGGCCUCAGAUUAUUACUGUAAAUGUCCAGAAGAUUACGAAGGCAAGAACUGCUCUCAGCUCAAAGACCACUGCCUCAUCACACCCUGCCAAGUGAUUGACAGCUGUACGGUGGCGGUGGUGUCAAACAGCACCCCAGGCGGUCUGAGGCUAAUCUCUUCCAGUGUGUGCGGUCCACACGGCCGCUGCCGUAGCCACAGCCAUGCCGGAGGACACUUCAGCUGCGACUGUCAAGACGGCUUCACCGGGACCUACUGCCACGAGAACAUCAAUGACUGUGAAAGCAGCCCCUGUCUCAGCGGAGGCACUUGCAUUGACAAAAUCAAUGCAUAUCAGUGUAUCUGUGCUGACGGAUGGGAAGGACCAAACUGCGAGACCAACAUUGACGACUGCCGCACGAACCCAUGUCGAGAUCGAGGAGUGUGUCGUGACCUGGUCAAUGACUUUUACUGCGAGUGUGAGAACGGCUGGAAGGGAAAGACCUGUCACUCACGCGAGAGUCAAUGCGAUGAAGACACAUGCAACAACGGAGGAACAUGUUCAGAUGAAGGCGACUCGUUCAAGUGCUUGUGUUCACCCGGAUGGGAAGGAGCAACGUGUAAUAUAGCCAAGAACAGCAGCUGCCUGCCGAACCCGUGUGAGAACGGAGCCACGUGUGUGGUGACAGGCGACGGCUUCACCUGCGUCUGCAAAGAAGGCUGGGAAGGGCCCACCUGCAGCCAGAAUUCCAAUGAUUGCAACCCACAACCAUGUUAUAACAGUGGGACAUGUGUGGAUGGGGAUAACUGGUACCGCUGUGAGUGCGCCAGUGGCUUUGCAGGACCAGACUGCCGCAUCAACAUCAAUGAGUGCCAGUCGUCACCCUGUGCGUUCGGCUCUACCUGUGUGGAUGAAAUUAAUGGCUACCGCUGCUUGUGUCCACCAGGCAGAACCGGACCCAGAUGUCAGGAAGUCACAGGACGCCCGUGUGUGAUUGGCGGUCGGAUUGCUGUUGAUGGAGCAAAGUGGGCUGAAGACUGCAAUACUUGCUACUGCCACAAAGGCAUUGUCACAUGUACUAAGCUGUUCUGUGGCCCUAAAGCAUGCCGUAUGCUUGGCUCGGGUCGAGGGGACUGUCCUACGGGUCAGAUGUGUGUGCCGGUCCGCGAUGAGCAGUGUUUCGUCAAGCCCUGUUCCUCCCAGGGCGAGUGUUUCGUCAAGCCCUGUUCCUCCCAGGGCGAGUGCUGGUCUGCUCACCGGCCGACCGUACGCACACACUGCCAACCUGACAGCCACUGCGCAAACGUCACCUUCACCUUCAACAAGGACACCAUGCCACAGGGGGUGACGGUGGAGCAGGUUUGUCGUGAACUCAGGCAUCUUUAUGUGACUAAAAAUGUUACAUCAGAGUUUUCCAUCUCUGUGAGCUGUGAACUCUCUUCUGCCGCCAGUAACGAGAUCCAUGUGGCCAUUCAUGUGACUGAGAACGGCAUUCAUGGCCGGGUUCCUGUUAAGGAAAUUACAGACAACAUCAUUGAUCUGGUGAGCAAACACAGUGCUAACAGCUCCGUCAUCGGCUCCAUCGCUGAGGUUCGAGUGCAGCGCAAACAACCGCAAAACCCCAACGUAGACUACAUGGUGCCGCUGCUAGUUUCGGUCGUGACUGCAAUCUGGGUUUUGGCCCUGGCGUCAGUGUUCCUGUGGUGCAUCCGUCAUCACCGUAAACAAAGCUCCAGCGCCACCGCCAUCAACCCUACCAGCCCCUUCUCCACACCUGAAGAAAACACAGCGAACAACGCCCGCGAGCAUCUCAACCAGAUCAAGAACCACAUUGAGAAAAAUGCCUCAAACGGCAGCCUGCCAGGAAAAGAGUUGCACUGUGACGACAAAAACACAGUCAACGCCAAAAUCAGGACGCAAUUCCCUGAAUCUGACGCCAGUAGACGACUACAAAAAACACGGUUUCCACAUCAGCCAGCUUAUAUGCUGGUGGACCGAGAUGAUAGGUUGAGCUCCAAUGGCACAGACAUAAAGAAACACCCCCAAUGGACAAAUAAACGCGACAAUAGAGACCUUGAGUCGCAGCACCGGGUGCCAGAUUCACAGCACAGAGACUCGCAACACAGCUUGCAGAAAAUGGAGUAUAUCGUAUAGCGCUCGUUGCAUUCGCGGAAGAGCGAAGGAGUGUAAACCAAGACAUCUUUUGUAAAUCGGUAAGGUUAUUGUUAUUAGUGUUCGUUCAGAUGUUGCAGAACGACGGGCCACAGGCUGGUCCGGGUUAUUUUUUAAUGCGCGUCAAUGUCUGAAUCUGCGCAGAACUUCUAGACAAAUCUACAAAAGCAGAACGAGAAUGGAGCGUCAUUCAAUUUCGAUAAUUGCAUGAAUCUCAUGAAGACGUUUCCUGGUCGCAGUUCAUCCCCUGAUUUGUAGAUAUGAAUGUGUUGACGUAUUGACAAUUAAGCACAUAUUUGUUCCCCUGAAUUCUCAUUGCUAUAUAAAGUUUUUCAUACUAAAUGCAAAUGCUUUUCAUCGUAAACCAUUUCCGAACAUUGUUAAUUAUUAUAUAUUUUUUUCAUUAUGGAAUUGAGAGUUACAGUAUGAUGUCAUUUUUUAAAUAUUGUUUUAAUGACAGCUAAGCACAUUCAUAUCAUAAGCAUAUUUUUAUUAAAAAAAAUUUUGUAAUGCUAUAAUUUGAAUCCAAUUUUCCAUCAAUGAAGAUAGCGUUACAAAUAUUUUUCGAUAAAAAUAUUAUACUUUUUCCAAAAGUUAUUGUAUUAUUUCAUUUUUAUUUAUUUAUUUAUUCUGUAUGUUUUUUUAAUUGAGUAAAUGAGAUUUAAAAAGAUAUAAAUAAAAAAUAUGUAAUAAUUUUAAUUAUUAUUAUUUGAUGAAUGAUGCUUUUGACGACGCAUUGAUGACGUUUUCGUGUUUUUUUUAAGCAAAAAUAUUGUAAAACUUUAUCGGUAUCAAUAUCGACAUUGUUAUCGGUAUCAAUGUUGGUAUUGAUAUCAGUAUGAAAUCGUUAUCGGCAUUAGUAUUGGUAUCAGUAUCAACAUAGUUAUCAGUAUCAGUAUCAACAUUGGCAUCAGUGUCGAUCUUGGUGCUUGUUUCAGUAUAGCCAUUGUUAUUGGUAUCAGUAUUGAUAUCAAUAUAAGUGUUGGCAUUGGUAUUAGUAUCAACAUUUUUAUCGGUAUUGGUAUUAGUAUCGGUAUAGGUAUCAUUAUCAACAUUGGCAUCGUUAUCAGUAUUGGUAUCAGUAUCGACAUUGUUAUUGGUAUAGGUAUCAGUAUUAAUAUUGUUAUUGUUAUCAGUAUUGACAUUGUUACUGGUAUCGGUAUCAGUAUCAACAUUGUUAUCGUUAUCAGUAUUGGUAUAAGUGUCGACAUUGUUAUUGGUAUCGGUAUCAGUAUUAACAAUGUUAUCGGUAUUGGUAACUAUAUCUGUAUCAACAUUGGCAUUAUUUAAAUUCUAAAUGCCAAUUUUCGUAAUAUAAAAAUAAAACUACAAUGGUGCUUAAAUAUUUUUAUAUGACAGUACAGUAAUGACAAUUGCGCUCAAACUAUGUUGUUUUCGCGUAUAAGAAAUGAGAAUUAAAGGGGACUGUGCUUAACCUUAAUAGUAUAGCAUACUAAACCAUUGUUUUUAUAAAAUAGAUCAUUUCGUUGGAUGAAAUGAGACAGGGAAAUUUCGUGAGUCGCCGAGUUGUUGAAAACGCAAACUGUAUUGCAUUUUUUAUAUUGUAAAAAUUGAAAGUGCCAUAAUUAGUUGUGAAUCAUUUCCAAAAAUUGAUGAUCGCUGGUGCAUCGUGUGCUUGAAGAUUGUAUUUAACUCCCAUUCAUUGGGUUCUUGACUGGAUUUAUUGUUUUAUUUUUUUCCAACAGCACAUUUUUAUUUAUUCUGCUCUUUAUACACACACACACACACACACACACACACACACACACACGUGUACAGACAAGUUAGUUACUGUCCUAAAUGAAGAAAUUCGCUGUCGGUUUAGAUGUUGUAUAGUUGACUUUGUACAUAUUUUUUAAUUAAUCAUUGUGUAUAUUUGAUUUUAUUAACUUAAUAAUCAGGAGCCUAUUGUUGGUUUUUAUUUAUACGCAUCGUCUAGGUUCGAGAAUGUGUCUGAUUGUAUUGUUUUGGAUGGAAAAUAUUGUCUUUUACUUCUGAAAUGCCAAAUAAUAGUUUACGUUUUUUUCGAAGAAUAGCAUGUUUGUGUCUAAAUCCAGAAUACAAUGUGCAAUGUCUGUUCCGAAAACAUGCAUGGCUCGUGUUUGUAAUGUCCUGAGACGUAGAUGGCUUCCCAUCUAGUUUUGAUGUACACUUUUCUAGAUCGAUACGUUUUAAUCAUGACUUUAAAACCAUUCCUCAUUAUUAAUUCUGCCUUCGAUUGAAUUUCACCCAGGAUAUCAGACGACGCUUGUCUGGAGUUUUCUAGUAAAUCACAGUAUUCCGAUGAACUUUAACCAAAACGUCUAAAGGGAACGAACAGUAUUAGAAGUGCAAUCUUUGUACAGUAAUAUGAAGAAAACUGAACUGAAUGUGAUAAGCGAGACUAAAUGAAAUCGUAUUAGUAGGCCAUUUUUAAUAAUCGUACAAUACAGACUGUGGGGCUUCAGUCCCACUUCCAGCCUAUGUUUUACUACUGCCGUGUUGUCUAUAGUUCAUUGAGUUUGUGUUCAGUCAGUUGAAUCGUGUGUGUUUCUAUGUUUGUCUAUGAAAUACUGUUUUAUGAAAGUGCAGAACCGUGAAAACAAAUCAUCCUGAGAUUUGUCUGUCAGUUUUUUUUAUUCACUUUCAAUCGGUUGUUUACAUUAGAAUCUCUUAAAUCAAAUAAAUUUUCACUUGAAUGUUUUGAAUUUAA